CCCGGGGCGAAGCCGGAGCAUCCGGACCGGGGGCCGGGGCCGGGGUUACGUAACUGCAUCCGCGCAGCGAGCUGCGCCGGCGGCGGCCCCAGCCCGGCGGCUGAAUUGUCGCUCCCCGAAGUCGCGUUUUUCCUCCCCUCCCAUGCAGAGCAAUUUCAAACGCCCCAACAAACUGCCCGGUCUGUGAGAAUGAAUCGUAGGUCGGAUAUUGCUAAGUUGAUGCACCCUCAGAACACCUUUUUGUCUUCCUCUGCUCGCUCUCUCAAGAAAAGGCAGGAACGGCCUGUAGUCCCAGUUUGCUAGCGACGCCGCAAAACCCUUGCAAGUACUUUGAAUAUGUACGGCUUCAUUAGAACGGUUGUUUGGAAAUUAUCUGCUUCCCAGAAGUGCUGAUGCUUAAAAUGACCAUCUGACGUGGGUUUUGCCAUUGGUCCGUCAUUUCAUUUUAUUUUAUAACUGCUUCAGUGUGCUGCAAGGCUACGUUGUUGAUGUUCUUCCCAAAACCUUCAGCAAUGCAGAUACUGUGGACUAAUAGUAACUGAAACAAAAGACCUUGCUGUACUUCUCGGAGUGAAUUAGGAAUCCAAGGUCGAGCAGCAAACUGCAGUGCAACUUGUGUUGGGUGCAGUUCAGCUGAGAUUGAAUUCCUCUUUGGCUGUCCAUAAACUGUGAAACAGAAGGAUGCAGAAGACUAUCCCUUGCCUUUUUGUACAUGAGUGACAAGAGCACAAGAUCAUUACUACAAGUUUGCUGCAAAGAUGAGUUCAGAGGAGAAGAGCAUAUCUCCAGCUCACAAAACAUCCACUCCAUCCCAUAGAAGUGCCUCCUCUUCAUCAUCGUCUCAGAGAGACAGGAGGCAGAGUGUUCAUAUUUUGGAGCGGAAGGCUUCUUCGGGAAGCACAGACCCUUCUUUAAGCAAGCAGUUCCUUGAAAGUGACCCUGUCUCUCUAUCCAAGGAACCUGACAGCUGGGAAAUCAUAGAGGGUCUGAAAAUAGGCCAGACCAAUGUCCAAAAGCCAGACAAACAUGAAGGUUUCAUGCUGAAAAAGAGAAAAUGGCCUUUAAAAGGUUGGCAUAAGAGGUUUUUUGUCCUGGAUAAUGGAAUGUUGAAAUAUUCAAAGUCACCAAUUGAUAUACAGAAAGGCAAAGUCCAUGGGAGCAUUGAUGUUGGUUUAUCAGUUAUGUCUAUAAAAAAGAAGGCUCGUAGAAUAGAUCUUGACACAGAAGAACACAUCUAUCAUCUGAAGGUGAAGUCCCAGGAUUCAUUUGAUGCAUGGGUUUCAAAAUUACGCCAUCACCGGUUGUACCGUCAGAAUGAGAUUGUGAGAUCUCCAAGAGAUGCUAGCUUUCAUAUAUUCCCUUCAGCCUCUACUACAGAAUCUUCACCAGCUGCUAAUGUGUCAGAUGGAAAGGUGCAACAAAAUAGCUUCCCCUGGCAGUCUCCUAUACCUUGCAGUAACAGCCUUCCUGCCACUUGCACUACUGGUCAGAGUAAAGUAGCAGCCUGGUUGCAGGACUCUGAAGAGAUGGACAGAUGUGCAGAAGAUCUUGCUCAUUGUCAGUCAAACCUUGUGGAACUCAGUAAACUUCUUCAAAAUUUAGAAAUACUACAGAGAACUCAGUCGGCACCAAAUUUCACAGACAUGCAGGCUAACUGUGUAGAUAUUUCAAAGAAAGACAAGCGGGUCACAAGACGAUGGAGAACAAAAAGUGUCAGCAAAGAUGCAAAAAUUCAACUUCAGGAAGGGCCGGCACCGAAGGGCCAGUUCAGCACAACACGACGCCGGCAGAGACUAGCAGCUGCAGUGGCUACAACAGUCCCUUUCAGUGCUACAAUGUCACCCGUUCGACUGCAUUCAUCUAAUCCCAACCUUUGCGCAGACAUUGAGUUUCAGACUCCCCCAAGCCAUGUUACGGACCCUCUGGAGUGCUCUACUGAGUACAUGAAGCUUCAAGAAGAAUUCUGCCUGAUGGCACAAAAAGUACAUUCUCUUUUGAAGUCUGCCUUUAACAGCAUAGCUAUAGAGAAGGAGAAGCUUAAGCAGAUUGUUUCAGAGCAGGAUCUUACAGGCCACAAUGCUCAAAUAGCACACCUCAGACAGUCCCUCUCACAGGCUCUCAACCAGAAUGCUGAACUAAGGAGUCGCUUGAACAGAAUACAUUCAGAAUCUGUUAUUUGUGAUCAGGUUGUCAGUGUAAAUAUUAUCCCUAGUCCUGAUGAGACGGGUGAACAAAUUCAUGUCAGUUUGCCACUGUCUCAGCAAGUUUCUAAUGAGAGCAGGCUCUCUAUGUCUGAAUCCGUUUCAGAGUUCUUUGAUGCACAGGAAGUGCUUCUAUCUGCCAGCUCGUCAGAAAACGAGGCUUCUGAUGAUGAAUCUUAUAUCAGUGAUGUGAGUGAUAAUAUAUCUGAGGACAACACCAGUGUUGCAGACAACAUUUCUCGGCAAAUUCUUAAUGGUGAGCUAACAGGAGGUGCAUUCAGGAAUGGACGGAGAACUUGUCUCCCAGCUCCCAGCCCUGACACCAGUAACAUCAAUCUGUGGAAUAUUUUGAGAAAUAACAUUGGCAAAGAUCUUUCCAAAGUAUCCAUGCCAGUUGAGCUAAAUGAACCUCUGAAUACCUUACAACAUCUUUGUGAAGAGCUGGAAUACAGUGAACUCUUGGACAAGGCUGCUGAAACAGAUGAUCCUUAUGAACGCAUGGUUCUCAUAGCUGCUUUUGCAGCAUCAGGCUAUGCCUCUACAUACUUUAGAGCAGGAAGCAAGCCAUUUAACCCAGUGCUUGGUGAAACUUACGAAUGUAUUAGAGAAGACAAAGGAUUUCGAUUUUUCUCAGAGCAGGUUAGCCACCAUCCUCCCAUUUCGGCCUGUCACUGUGAAUCGAAGAACUUUGUGUUUUGGCAAGAUAUCAGGUGGAAAAACAAAUUCUGGGGGAAAUCAAUGGAAAUUCUGCCAGUUGGAACCUUGAAUGUGACUCUUCCAAAGUAUGGAGACUACUAUGUCUGGAACAAAGUCACUACUUGCAUACAUAAUAUUCUUAGUGGAAGGAGGUGGAUAGAACACUAUGGAGAGAUAACUAUCAGAAACACAAAAAGCAGUGUUUGUAUUUGUAAACUCACAUUUGUCAAGGUGAACUACUGGAAUUCAAAUGUAAAUGAGGUGCAGGGAGUUGUGAUAGAUCAAGAAGGGAAGGUGGUUCAUCGCCUUUUUGGAAAGUGGCAUGAAGGCCUUUAUUGUGGGGUUGCACCUUCAGCCAAAUGCAUAUGGAGGCCAGGCUCCAUGCCAACCAAUUAUGAACGUUAUUAUGGCUUCACGAGGUUUGCUAUUGAGCUCAAUGAAUUAGAUCCUUUACUGAAAGAUCUUCUUCCUACAACAGAUGCACGAUUCAGGCCAGAUCAAAGGCUUCUGGAGGAAGGAAACGUAGAAGCGGCAGCAUCUGAGAAACAAAGAAUAGAGGAACUCCAGAGAGGUCGGAGGCGUUACAUGGAAGAAAACAGCAUUGAAUAUGUACCCAAAUUUUUUAAAAAAGUUAUCGACGCUAAUCAAAGGGAAGCCUGGGUUACCAAUGACACCUACUGGGAACUGCGAAAGGAUCCUGGCUUUAGUAAAGUAGAAAUUCCUGUACUCUGGUAAACUGAGAAUGUAGAUCUAGUAAACAUAUCACUCUGAAGAAAAAAAUAACUAUGCACAAUAUGUUUCUAAUAGCUAAGCGUGGUUUGUGGGUCUACGGAAAAACCUAUCAUUCACAUUUAUUUUCAUCUUUAUAAUGGACUUUUGAAAGUGCAUUAGACCAGGCCCCUGACCACUUGGAUCUUUUUAAUUUUGCAGCAGCCAUUAAAAAAAAAAAAAAAAAAAAAAAAAAAAAAAAACAGAAACCUUUUAAAGUUUCAUACGCUGAAAAUCCGGAACAAAAGAAGCAGAUGAGUUAUCCAAAGUCACUCGGAAGAGAUGGUAAACGCAAAACUGCAACCGGUGCUUUAAACAGACAUUAAGAGUAAUAUAAUUUAAAUUACAAAAAAAAAAAAAAAAAAAAACCAACAAAAAAACACAAAACAAAAGAGGAAGAAAAAGAGAAAAAAUCCAUUUUGUUUCAACUAUUUUUGUUAAAAACUCUUGGGUCACAACACUGUCAUUUCUGGCUUCAGGUUAGUCCUUUGGUGUGAUGUGCUUGGACUGGCCUUUGUCAAAAAGAUACGCUUUUCCGGAAGCUGUUCCCAUUCAUAUGCCAUAGUUCAUGCCUUAAACAAAAUAUGAAGAUGUACAGUAAGUAAUUUUAAAAUAUGUAUGCUUAGGCUUGUGUGAAGGGCAGAUUUUUAAAGCACUAGAAUUUUAUCAUGAUAUAAAUAUUGGAGAACCUGCAUUAUUUAAAAUCAAAAGACAACCAAACAUCUGACUGUAUUUCAGAGGAAUGAGAUCUACUGUACAUGCUUUAGCUUUGGGAAGCUGACUGUAUAUUCAGACUGAAAAGAAACUGCUAACUGGUUGAAUUUGAUACAAUUUUGGUAAAUGCACAUGAAUUGCUUGUCAGAAAGUUCAUAUUCUAAAUGACUGAUGCUGAGGUGCGAUCAUCACUUUUACCACUGGCUAGACAUGGUCUCACAGUGAAUCUCAUUUCCCCGUAACUGUUCAUACAAUUAGAAUUCCCUGAAGCUUUGCAACAGCGUUAAAAGCACAGAAAGAUUUCAUGGGAAGCUCUCUGGCUUCUCUCCAGAAGCUGGACAGUACUGUAAAUACAACUAUUUUCUGCCACACACACUGUUUACUUUACUGGCUCUGUUUUUUCCCCAUCUGCUUUUCCUAUCUAAAUUUAUAUUUGAGAGUAUGGCAGAGGCUCCCAUGCGUUGUAGCUAACAACUACUACUUGUGUUGCCAAAAUAGCUUUUGUGCAAAAUUAUAUUUUACAGUUUUUCAUAAAGUGAUUCUAUAUUUUUUGAUUAAGAACCAAGUCUCUUAUGUGUUGCUAAGCCUCAGUUAAUAUAUGUGGGAGAAGGCUUGGCACUUUCUAUUUGAAAAUCUCUGAAACGUUAAACAGUAGGAGGGCAGAUUUUAAUAAAAGGAAAAAAAGUAAUUUUAUUAGGUAAAAACUGCAUUCCAUAUGGUAUGAUCUAGUCUUCCAUUUAUGCGUGUAUUAUACAUCCAGGCACUGAUGAUAGGUUAGGUGUCAUGCAUAUGCACUGUAUCUCUUUCUACAUGUACACAGCGUACAUAGUGCACUUGAAUUUUUCUAUUUAAGAUUGAUUCUAGUACUGAGACCUAAAAAAAAUUAUUAGAUAGGUAUGUGAUCCUGCCAGCAGAGCUGCUCGAACAGUUCUCAGUAGAUUAUGCUGCUUCUUUUUGCAGAGUCAGGUCCCUACAGAACUGAGAUUACUUUGAUUAUUUAAUAUGCAUUUAGUUCUCCUCCUUGUUAGUAUGGCAAAGCAACUGGCAGAGCAACUAGCUACUAAUGAAUUCCAAUUUCUUCACACAGUUCUAUUAUCAGGAAGAACUAUGAAAACCUAAAGAAAAUAUUAAGUAGACUUUAUAAGAAUUGUGAAUGCUCAUGAAUUGCUUAUGAAUAUUUGGUGUAAGAAAACCUGUGUGCAGAUUAACAGGAUUUCUUCCAAAGAAAAUUUUGAAUUAUUCAAAGAACGAUAUCUUUUUUUUUCCUCGUUGAACCUAGUCUGAUUUUUUUUUUUUUCAGUUCUGCAAUUGUUAUUAUAAAAAAAUGAAAAUAUAUAAAAAGUUUGGGGUUUUUUAAUCAUAUUUGGUUAACUUCAUCCUACUUGCUUUAAUGACACUACACCAUUAAUCAAAUUGGCACAUUGUGUGCAAAAUAGCAAUUAAUUAUUCUGUGUCACUUUCCUUAAAAAACGUUAUUAAACAUUUGCCCACAUCAUGCUCCAGUCUAUGUGUGCAGUUCACCGUGAUAUUAGAAAGCAUUAUGUGUGUAUAACUGCAAGUACAUUUCAGGGAUAGAAACUGCAUGUCCUCAAAUUUUUUUAAAAGUUGUUUUUUAAUUUAAAUACAGAAAUAAGGUCUUUAGUUUUACAGUGUUCUGCUAGUGUUUUUUGAACGCCAGUAUUUGCAAUGCAAACUGAAACUUGGUGUACACUAAAGAUGCUACCACUGAUUUAAUUAUUUUUUACAAUUGUUUAUUUGACACUCAUUGAAAGAAAAAUAACAUUAACAUUUUUAGAAUAAAAAAAAAUCUGUGAUAUGCUAAAUCUUUCUAUUGAAGGCACUUUUUAAGCAAGUAGAGGAGACACAAAACAAUGCAUCACAAAAUAUUUGCAGUCUUUAUCAGAAAUUAAAAAGUGCUAGCAGAUGUACCAUAAAGCAAUUUCUUAUAGUGCAGAAUUCUAUGGAUUCUGUGCAAAAUCUUUUAUUAAAUUUUUCCUGUAACCUUGGGGGACAUCAUGACAUAUUUUGUGCUGUUUCUAAAGAGAAUGGGUUAACAGAGGAUAGGUCUGGGGGCUUCUAUCCAAAUUAUAAUUUUUAGACAACCCAUGAAAUUUCACCAGAGCUGAGUUGCGGGGGAUAGUGGGCUUUCCACAUCCCCUGCCAGUGUUGCAGGGAGAACGCGCUGUUGGCUCCUUUGCAGCCUGGCACCCAUUGUAAGUGCCUCCUGCUUUUCAGCAGGGCUGCUGCUCGGUCGUCCCUUCCCAGAACAUGGGAUUUUUCCGCCCCAGGUGCAGACCUUCGCACUUCUAUUGAACCGCAUGAAGUGUCUUCUGGCCCAGUCCUCAAGCCGAGCAAUGUCCUUCUGACUGAAGCUCUGCCAUUUGUCGUGCCAUCUCAUCCUCCUAAUUUCAUGUCAACUGCGAACCUUGUUAGCGUGUAGUCUAUGUCCUUGCCCAGGUCACUGGUGAGAUGUUGAUUGACACGGGCCACAAAAUUGACACCUGCAGGGCUGUCCUCGUUGCUGUCUGCCAGCAGGGCACAAGCCAUUUAUCAAUGCCUUUCAAGGCUGGAGAUUUGGGCAGUUUUCAGCUCACCUCACUCCAUUCAUCCAGGCAGUAUUUCCUUUUGAAAGGCAUGAAAAAUACUUAUCAGCUCAGUAGAUUUAAUUGCUAUAGGUUUGGUAUGUGAUGAAAAUUAGUGCAACUCAUUUGACAUUUAAAACCUGUUAGACAAUUUAAGAAGUUCUAACUUUUACUACAAAGAUGUAUCCUUUGCUUUUUCCUGUGUUUUCUCAAAACACCUAUUUCUGUAUAAAAUACACAACGCAUAUGCUUUAGUUUCACAAUAGUGAACUGUACUUUCAAUUAAUAUUUCAAAAGUGUACCUUAAUUUGUUCCCUGUUCUGGUACUGCAGAUAUGAUAGGUUAAUAAUAGCCAUUUUCAUCAAAUGUAAUGUCUUAUAAAGACUUAAAUAGCUUCAUUCCUAUUUUAGAUCUGUAUGAACAAGCUGGUAGAUUUUUCAGCAUAUUAGAAAUUGUUAUCUCACUGGGAGAUACAAUUUGAAUAUGAGUUGAUUUUCGUACAGUAUCACUGUGAUUAAAAAGUCAUCUGGACAUUCAUUCUAAUUUUAGACACAUGUAAGUUGCAUGAAAUAAACUUUUUUUGUAUUUGGCUUUAAAAGUGAACUCUUUUCAUCUUACAAAUAAUGUUACCCUUUAUUUUUUUCUCAUUUUGAACUUCUGACUCUGAAUGAGCUUGUAAGGCAUUUGUGGGUUGUAUUUGAAUAGCACAUGCUAGGCAUAUGUCGAGUAUUGCAGUACGUAUACAUGACACAGUUUUGAAAGAUAUUGCCCUUAAUUUCCCUACUGAACACUGUUAGAGCUUUAUGGAAACAAAUUACACAAACCUUAAGACACACUAGGAGCCAGUGCUGGUCCUGCCCUCAUGGGCACCUAGUGAGGACCUUGCAUCUGGGCCAUGCCCUCUGAUUCCCAUGGAGGUAACAUGGGAUUUUCUCACCCUUGAACCAGGCAGAGUGGAGCCCAGUGCAAUGCAGUCUUGCUCAUAGAGUUUCUCUCAAAAUAUCUGAAUUUUUAGAAAUACCCUGGAAGGGUGGGGAGGUUCAUUUGCACUUGCACAUAACCAAGAGGGCUGAAUAUGCCAAUUCUCUGUGACUUUUGCAAAACUUGCUUUCACUAGCAAAGCUCUGUUAGUAUAGGGAAGGUUUGUGUGGUCUCCUUGUUUUAUAGGAUUUUGAAUAUUGUCUGGUGCAGAGAUAAACACUAGCUGUUUAACAUGCCGUUGGCUGCAGUCGUAAUCUGAGGAAUAGCUCUUAUUUUAGGUGUCAUUACUAAUACUGGAGCUGCAUAAUGAAAAUAAAGGAGAGUUUUCAGAUUAAAUCCACCUGAAAGGAAAGAGUAUUUGUAUUCAUAUGCUAAAAUGACAGGAGGGGUUAAGUUAGAGAGUUUGGCCCAGCGGGGGGAAAAAGAUUAAUGACAGAUGUCAUGUUUAAGAAACACUGGAAUGGCCUCACCGGUCACCCUGUGUUAUACACAGACCUGGGAGAAAACUUAACAAAGUUUACCGUGUCAUAACCACUUACUCUAGCAGCUACUGGGGCUGAAAAUACUAUCUUGGGUUUUCUUCCUGUCUGUCAUUAAGUAACAGUCAUCAAAAUUGUAUAAAACUUGAACUUCCUGUUUAGAACAUAUAUUGAUAAAAGUCAGAGUAGGUAGGGAUACAGCGGCAGCUAAGUAUUUUGUUCAUGUGCUCAAAGUUGCGAAGGUAUAUUUAGUAUAAAAAGUAGUAUAAUUUUCUACUUUACCAUCCCUGGUUACUUUUAUUAUCAUUCUGGUAUCACUCAGAAGUAGUUUCAUGGAGAAAGGUCUUUUGUUUUUUUAUUCUUUUUGUUUUUAACAGAAGAAUCUGGACUAAGUGUGUUAAUAAAGUUUAAUUAUUCCUGGGGAGGAUAUCUCCCUGGGCUCUGUUAGAACAGUGAAUGGCAGCUGCAAGAAUGUUGCAAAUCUCAGUAAGCUCAUGGAAAUGGCUUAUUUACAGCAAUUUGUUUUAUUUUUGUAUUAUAUAUUGUAAGGAAUCUACUUACAAAAGCAAAUACAUUAUUCGCUCUUUAAACUAGGGAAUGUAAAACACCUUCAUUCAUUAGCUUUAGUGUAAGCUAUGUCUUUCUUCCACUAAACUGAAAAGCCUCUUUAUGAAAUGAUUUUUAUAUGGUAUCUUGCAGGUUUAAAAAGUGAUAGUGAUGUACUUGUAGGUGUUUUAUAUACCUCUCUCCUCCUUUGUCAAGUAUUGUGGUAUUACAAACCCAUCAUAUCUUUAUUUUUUUUUUCCCUGCCUUGCAAUCUUUGACAAACCUCAGAAAAGAAAAGGGAGGGAGAGACUGCAGUGUAGAACAGUGAAACUAGUCACAGCAGCUCUGUCACUGGCACAGCUGUAACAAAAUAGAAAGUUUUCUAACUUUUAUGAAUUCAAAUGUCAACAGAGCUGCUGAAUCCAUUUCAGGCAGGUUACCUUAAUACUAUUUUUCUUUCCACUGAUCCAUGACAGCAUGAAAAAAGGGAAUAUUGAUGACAUCUGCUCAGAAUUAAUUCUGAAGGUGAAAGGAAGUUUUUAUUCCUUUUAUAAAUAAAAGUGACUGUAGCCAGCAUUUGGCUGAAGGUGUAUUGGUAAUGUGGACUAAGAGAGUUACAUAUUUUAUAAUUAAGAAAACAAUAAAGUUGGAAUAUAUAAUCAGCAGUGUGUAAUAUAUUCUGCCUUGACCUAUGAAUAAUUCAUUGAAGUAUGGUAAAGCUACUUCUUCGUACUCCUGGAGCAAUGACAGAUGUUGUCUCCUAUGAAACACUAGAACAUGUUUCCAUAUUGACUGCUACUUUUAAUGGUCUGCAUUAAUGAAAGAGGGCUAUCUUAUGCUAAUGUAUAGUGUUGCUGGCCCAGAAUAUUAGGGGUGCAAAAAUGGAAGAGGUGAGGAGAUUCCUUCAAAAAGUCAGAAGUGGGUAACUUAUCUUUUACACCCUGAGCGUCAAAAUGAUGUAAGUACUAUACAAGAGCAGCACACGCAGCGAUAAUAUUCAACCAGAACUAUUCGUCUUCACUGAGGUACUCGCUUCUUGUGCCAGUCAGUGUAGCCACACAUGCAACGUCUUUUUUCUGAAGUUGCAUUACCAUUUAUGAUUGCACUUGUGGCCCAGCAGUUGAUCUGUCAGGUCCACUGAGGACAAUCGGUGUAAGAGUCAGGAUUGCAAACUCAAAUUUCUUUUCUAGUAGUCCUGUGCUGAAUGCUCCCUCUCUUCCUUUGUUAAAUUCACCUGAACAAGGAAUAUUACAGUACCAUUAACAAAAUGAAUAUAAGUUUAAUCCUCAGUAUUUUCCAGCCAAAGGAAAAUUCAGGAUAGCUUAUUCAACUGUAUUGAAGAAAUACAGAUGAGAUCUUAAAUUAUCUUUGUAUUUGCUUAAUAUUUUAUAACAUAUUUUGAGAUUGGAUCGCCAACAAUAAAAUUAUACAUAAAUAUAUUAAACUUGCGUUGUCACCUAUCUUGAAGUCAACAUUGAAAAUUAUCAUUCCAAUCUGAGGUUAGAAAUUAGGUCUAUUUAGUUCUUGAAGUAAGUGUUACUUAUUGGAGAGGACUUUGCUGCUCCAGACCUCCCAGCAGGUUAGUGCAGAGGAAAAAACAUUUGCUGUAAACUUUAGCAUGAUUUGUUAAUGAUACUAAAGUAUUCUUUCGUGGUUGAAAUAUAGUGUAGAAAAUUCAGAUCACAAUAAAUUAUAUUUUCAGCUGAGUCUCAAACAAGACCUGACAAUGAGCUGAGAAAUAAAGGCUGAUGAGUGUAUUCUGGUAUGUAGGCAUAAAAGCAAAGAUGGCGACUUCUACCUUAGUUAGGCUUUCGCUCUACUUAACAAAAGCACUGUUCUUGUUCCUUUAUAAUUAUUUCUAAACUAAUUAUUUUCAAACAUUCAUUCCUCACUAAGAAUUAAUUACAUGUGAAGUUUCAGUUUUAAAAAUUAAACAGUGUUUGGAACUCCACAGACAUGAAGAGUGGUGCUUCUGUCUUGCACCUAGUGCUCAGACCUUGCUAAAUCUCCAGCUUUCAGAGCGGGGUGGACCUAUAAUGCUUACUCACUAAAAUUUAAUCCUUGGACCAAAAAGAAAUAUCAGUGGGCUUUUCUGGAUGGAUGGGGUUCUACUUUGUAUAUUGAUUUCUGUCUAUGUUAUUUACUAUAAAAUAAGUAAGAAAUCAAGCUGCUAGCAUCUGAUGUCUGAAAUCUUUUCCUUCACCAAAAUGCAUAACAAACUUCUUGUUCUUUAUCUGUUACUGCUAGAUUGUCUGAAGUGGAUACUUCAGCAUGUAAAAAGCCAUCACAAAAUUAAACUACUGUGGUAUGCAGAGAGAUCAUUAUCAUAGUUCUAUAUUAGGAUAUUAGGUAUAUUUUCUUUGUUGUAACCAUUAGCAAGACUCUUCUUUGGGUCUUUUUCUGCUUUCCUUUGUAUAAUUAACUGUUUGGUGAAUUAUGAUUUCUCAGUAUUUCAACAGCAAAGAAUUCUGUAUUUUCUCUCAUUUUUUGCACAAAGUUAAUAUGAAUUGACAAUAAUGUCACACUUUUUUGGUGAAAUUAGAUCCCAUACGCACAUGUAUGAAAUGUAGUAAAUUUUAGUAUUUAUACCUUGCUCAGACUCUGAGAAUGCCAUUAGAAGAGUAAGGUCUAGAUUAGUUGUUAAUUUUACAUUGCCUUACUGAGCUUCUUUGCUUUUAACAGCCUUUAAUUUCAGAUGGGAAACAGUCCUGCACCAGUUCUUUAGCAGGCCAAAAUGUCAAAACCUAAAUAGCUAAAAGAGCAUUCUUUACUGAUUGCCCAUAUCCCUGUGCUCAUUCUACAAAAAAUCCCAAAUCUGUUGAUUUCUUACACAUCUCUUUGUGUAGCAUACUUGUAAAAGGAGGUUCUCAGAGUUUUCCACUGUGAUUAUGCUAUUAUGUCAGCUAGAAAGGUAUACAGAAGCUCGCUUUGCAUAUUUUAAGAUGAAUUUUAAAGUCAAAUAGUUGCUUUCUAGAUGCCUGGCAUAUAAAGCCAGUGCUGCUUUUGAGUACCAGGUAGACGGUGUCUGUUUUACAGGGGAAUAACAGACUGCAGCUAGAAAGAUUCUGCGUUCCUAGAUGCAGGAGGCAAAAUUUUUUCUGUUGUUUGAAAGCAAUAGAAAACUGUUACUUAAGGGAAGGAAAGAAAAUAAGAAUCAUUUAUGUACACAGCUACCCAAAUGUUGCAGAAGGCAUUAUUUUUGAGCACUGUAAUAUUAAACUUGACCUGCAGCACCCUUAAUUUUAUGCUCAGAAGUUCACUGUGGGCUUCCAUAAAGAAAUGAAGAAGAAAAGGAUACUGGAAAAAAAAGUCAGUACCAUAAUUUCUAAAUAACUCAAUAUAAAAUUGAUUUGCAAAUAUUUGUUUUGAAAACCAUAUAAGCUACUUAAAGUAUCACAAUUUUUAAAAGCCCAAGUUUAGUCCUUCAUAGUACAUUCAGUAAUUUAACAUUUAAAAAAGUAAUCUUGAUUGCUUUCCUGCAAAUGCAUUUAUUUGUGCUUGACUGUUCACAAGUUUGGUAUAUCUUUCAGGCUGAUUCUUCUUUACAUCUUAUUAAUUCUGACUCCAAGUACUGGCUCUAAUUGUCCCUGUAAAAACACUUCUAUUGCUUACUGUUACUAAACAUCAACAGCUGAGGAAUAACGUAGCUAGGAUAUUAUUUGUAUAUUCCAAAUCUAUAGACUUUUAUUUCACGUGCAAGAGUUAAUCAGCAAUGCACAUGUCAGAUUUGUUUUCUGCUUCAUCUGCUUGGACUCUGAUCUUGCACAGGCAUCAGUAUGUACUUAGCAUAAACAUUGCAAACAGUCUGAUUGGAUUAAGUUUAAAAGAUGUAGAUACUAAAGUUCAAAUAAAAAGGCUCAACAGCGACAUUCGUAAGAAAUCAAAACAAUGUACCUGGUUACACCAGGCUUUACAGUACUUGAUUUUUAAUUCCUAUAUGCUUAAACAAAUGAGCACCUACGCAGAUGAGGCUGCGCUGCUGUUGGUACUCCAUCGAACUCAGUGAGCUUCCGGGUGAGUGGAUGAUCUAGCUGCCCAAAUCUAUUUCAACUGUAGGCCUAACAUACAGUGAAGCCUAGGUAUUCAACUGGGUACACUUAAGCUUGAUUUUGAACAUGUGCACUGUCUUGUGGAAGAUAAAUGUGUGAAAUACAGCUGGUUUGGCUGCUUGCCAGUCAGAGCAAUGUAUUUGACUUUCCUUUGACUCUCUUGCAUUUUGGGACCUUAUUCUGGGGCUUGUAGUAUUUAAAACCCAGUUAACUUCAUGUCUCUGCAAAGCUCAAUUAUGUAUGACAUUUGGAAGAAAGAACAGGAGAUUAAAUCAAUGACAAUUCAUCAUAUUAUGUCUCACUUUGGCAAGCUUAAUUGUAAGAAUAUUUGCAAUUCCUACCCCUGUUUCCCUGUACUUUCCCCAGGAUGGUGCAGCCCAGAGUGAGAGUUGCUAGUACUGUAUGCCAAUCAAAAAAGGAGACUAAUCUUUCUGAUUUGCGAAGAAGGGGGUGGCAAACUAAGAGCAUGCUCCUAAUCUCAGCCUAGAAAAGCAUGAAUGUGAGAAAGUGUGUCCCGUCACUCCUUCUAGGCUUUAGCACAUAAAUAGAAUUGCUUUUUUUGGUAUAUCAAGUUCUCUGGCUACUUUAGAGAUUGAACCUAGCCAGGAAGGAGCAGUAAAAAAACAGAUUUAAGUUCCCACAUAAUGCAGCUGCAACACUUAUUCUGUGUCUUUGCACUUGUGAGUUGGUUUUGAACAUACUGUUGUAGUAAUCCAGAAUGCAGAGGCCUCACACUGACUACCUCUCAUGCAAUAAAACCCAAGCUCAUACAGUAGUUAAUGUUGAUUGCAGUUGAGUGUCUUUUGGCCACGUGAUUCAGGGAGGUGGUAGUGGGGGGAAUAGUAAACAAAUUAAUUUAAUGAAGACUUUAUUCCAGUGAUGUAUGUGGUAUACACAAUACCCAUAAUACCAACUCCAACUGAGGGAGGUCCUACAGCUUCUGGUAGGAAAUAAAGGUGACCCUGGCUAUGCUGUAGUUUAUGUUGUACUCUAAAAUGUAACAAAAGAUGGCAUCUGUUUCCUUCGGGCUGAGCCGGAUUUAUCGGGAUAUUGUGUCCAAAAACCACACACACACUAUUCUAGUUUUUGAGGAAACGUGAUGCUCUUUUACCUGUUGCAAUGUAAUUGGAUAAUGCAUGUACAAAUGACUUGUUUAGCCUGCCAAUGAAUGUUGCUAAUGCCUUACCAAAAAAAAAAAAAAGCAUAUUUUUUGUAUUUUUUUCCUCAGAGGCAAAUCCAAACAAUGCUAGAUUUGGGAAACUGUUUACUGAAAAGCAUUUUCUAAUAGAUCUCUGAUGAAGUGCAAUUGUAUAAUUAUUAUUGUUCAGUGCAUACAGUACAUUGUCUCCAUCACUCUGUACACUGCUGCUAUUAGUGCUUGUUCUAAUAAAUCUCAAUGUACACUGUUUAAA